GCAGUCAAUAUGAUCAGCAACAAUAAUGGCUUUCCUCAUCUUCGAAGCCAGCAGAUGAUCGUCCAAAACGCUGGCAGAUUGAUCCCAAUGUUCCUUUUGAUACUGAGGAGGAUGAGGAGCAAGAGCAACCGUCCGAUUCAGAUGAUUUGCAUUUCUGAUUUAUUAGGAGUUUGGGACCUUAUGCUCUGUGGUGGUUCAGAUUCAGGGAUGAUACCUCUUGGUUUUACUCAGAGUUUCACGUACAAUAAUCUUGUUCUUAUGCAAUUACUGGAGGAUUGGGAGGCUUUGUGGCAUGCAGAGCACUGUCACAAAGAAACAACCAAAGCAUCACACCCUUGGGAUAGUAAUCAUGAUGGAUUUGCUAGGGGAGAAGGAGAUGGCGUUUUGCCUCUAGAAGAGUUAGAACAUGGGGCCGGGGUUAUUCUCUGCAUUGAAAAGGCUUUAGAACAGUCUGGGGUGUCUAGGGAAGAUGCUAAUUACAUUAAUGCACAUGCUACCUCCACGCCGGCCGGAGAUCUCAGGGAGUAUAAUGCUCUCAUUCAUUGUUUGGCCAGAAUCCUGAGGCGAUGCGAACUGGGUGGAUACAUCCAAAUAUCAAUCUGGAAAACCCAGAUGAGGGCGUGGAUACAAAACUACAUCCAACAGUCUUGUUUGCUCCAUACAAGUAGAAGCACAGAUCUAGUGUGCUACUCCAACUUUUGCUGCAAUCUUACUGAAGAACUAAUUAUUUGCGGAUGGGACUGAAUCCACAUUGAAGUAAGAGCCCAAGAAGUCUCCUUUGUAUUCGAUCUUCUCUAUGGUGGGAUGGAUUGCGGUUAUGAAAUCCGAAUCGCUCGAGAAGAAUGUUGAGGUGGCCCCUAAGUAGAAAAUAUUAAGGGCUCACCCAAUGGUUAACAAGAAAUCUAUAACAUUUGUUCCCUGGACCUGAUAAAAUAUGGGGCACUGGUCCUUAAGUCUAACUCCGUUAAUUUUUUUCGUCCUUUUUGCUAUAUGUGGCAAAGUAAGCAAAAUACCAUUGCAUGUUAUGUAAGCAUAAUAGAUGGAAAAUUACCGGAGUUAGACUUGAGGACAAAUGUUUCACAUUUUAUCAAGUUCAAGGGUCAUAUGUAAUGGAUUUUAAAUUCAAGGACCAAGUUACAAUAUAUGGAUCAUUGCGCCAAUUUACUUCUCCAGUAAGAGGUGGGGAAUAAGAAAGUGAAUGUUAAGUUGUGGAUUAAUGUAUGGGUCAUGAUUUUGGUUA